AUGCGCGAUAUCACCGAUGAAAUCGAAACGCUGUAUAUAUCGGAUGUGCCAAAUGUCGAUGAAGAAGAUCUGUUGGAGCUCAUUGAGGAAGAAGACGACGAAGAAGAAAGAUUAGAGGAAGAGGAGGGGAUAGACAUCCGUCAAACCGAAGAACAACAAAUAACAUUCGUUGAUCAUCAGGACCUGAUCUGUCGUCGUUUGAACACUAUAAAGGCGGUGGUUAAGAAGCUGAUUACGGAAUCAAGUAUUGACGGAACUGGCACAAAAUCGCGUAUUGACAAGCACACACCGCGAACUAUCUCCUGGACGAACGAGGAAUACCGACUCAUUACAUUGAUUUCAGACCAACUUGCACCUUAUUAUCCCAAGAACGGAAAGCUGCAGAAGCACCCUGUCCUCCUCUUACCGUUUAUCACACUUUCUAAUGUGAUCCUUCGUCUGGCGGGAUACAGCAAAUUCACAAAACAAAUUCAUCCCUCAGUCUCUCCUUCAGCGGAGCAUGUGCUACACCUUGACGAAACUAGCAUUUACGAAUUGUUUGGCUCGCAAAAAGGCAUGGGAAAACGGCCAUCCAAUCCAAUCCCUGGUGGAGGCGCGGAAGUAUCCCAUUGGUGUCAUUGCAUCCAUAUUUGA